AUGCGAAAGCGCAAGUGCGGGCUGACCUAUGCCAACGACCUUAUCCAAGAGGAGCAGAGAGUUAGGAGGGGCAGGGCGAGCGUGGAAGAGGCGGCGGGACGAAAAAGAUUAUGUCCAGGACGCAGGAGUAGUGGCCUGCCGAGUUGGUGGCCAAAAGUCGCUGCAGGCUCUCACCUGGUCACACGCACGUCAUUCAGCUCCUUCCUGCAGCCCGCGGUUUGCGAACGUCGCAAGGACGUCGAACCUGUUCAGAGCCAGCGUCUGUAUCGCCGUGCCCAAGCUUCGGCUGGUGAACGCCGAAAGAGAGAUCCGGCCGCUGCCUCUUCCACAUGCAAGCACGACGCGCUGCAGCGCCAUCGACUGCCGCUGCUUCAUGAGGUCUCCGCCAGCGUCGAACUUCGCAGUCAGCAUCUCCGCAAGUCCCACAAUAUGCCCACCAUCUGUACCAUGACUCGGCCAGGCCAGUUCCCUGUCACCCAAGGGUACUCGUCUGUUAACCCGGCAGCACUGUCGUCGCCUGCCUACCGGUCUUGGAGGUACAUCUGCGGUGGGUGCAAGGUUAAGGGCGAGCAAGAUGGCUGGAAAAUUUUAUGCGCACUGUUUCCGCUCGUGCCUGGUGCUGGACUUUGCGUAAUCAGUGUCGGAGACACGGUGAAGCGAUAAAGCGAGCGGCCACACGAUGCUCACUCCCCACUGCCAAUGCUCUUCAUUACAUCAGCGUUGUGACAGUGAGUCCUCGCGGUCACUGAAUGAAGUUCGUUCA